ACGAUAAUGGAUUUGGAUUCUGAAAGACUACGUUUCUAGCCCAACAAUACAAAUGCGAAGAGUCCAUGGAUAUCUGUCAACCACAAAUAUGCCUAGUCUCAGCAAACCGGCGAGGCUCUAUGUUCCCACACCCAACCGGAACGCCUUGCACUACAAAUGAGGGGCUUCUAGCCAUUCAUCUUUCAGCAAUGCAGCCGACUUCUAGGCACACGCAGGCGCAUAGGGUCAGCGCCCGGGGCUGAGGACGACCUGAUGUUUUCCAACACGCUCCGGAUGCCUCGCGCAGUUGCCAUUACAGGAGAGACCAAUCUUCUCCUGGAGGGGAUAGCAGAGUUUUUCCAAGUUCAUUGAUACCUCGUUCACCAUUCUGAGUACAAUUGGCAAUCUGGCUACAGCCACGCUCACCAACAUCCAUUGCGAGUCUACUCACGUCACAAUGCCCGAAGGCAACAUAGCCGAUAAGAGCCUUGUUUCCUCCUCUGAUCGCAAGCCGCCCCGACCCUUCACUCACGAUGACUACACCAUCGCCAUCAUAUGUCCUAUGGGAGACGAGAUGAGCCCCGUUCUUGCCUUGCUCCACGAGACGCACGAAAACCUAAGCACGAGUCGAGACCAAAAUGCAUACAAGCUCGGAGCGAUUGGUCAACAUAAUAUCGUCGUGGCUGGCAUGCCGAUAAUUGGUAACAAUGCUGCAUCAAUGGUUGUGACGCAACUAUUGAACGAUUUUCGUCGAAUACGCUUCGGACUGCUUGUUGGGGUCGGUGGUGGGAUUCCUGACGAAGACUACGACGAUGAAGAUCUCGUUGACAUACGUUUAGGAGAUGUCGUCGUUAGCGAAUCUCGAGGGACGUUUGGUGGUGUGGUACAAUUUGACCGUGGCAAGAGCACAACCGACGGCUUCAUAAAAACAGGACAUCAGAACAAGCCACCGCAUGUGCUGGCUGCUAAUGUCGAAACGCUCAAGGCCGUGCAUAACCUUCACGGUAAUAGCAUAUUACCAUACUUCGAUGAGAUGAUAAAGAACUAUCCCGGCAUGGAAGAGAAAUACAGCUAUCCAGGCCUAGGCCGUGACCGUCUCUUCGAAGCUAGCUAUACACAUCAAGGUGGGAAAACAUGCAAGAAGUGCGAUAGUGCCCAGACUGUCGAACGAAACCAGCGCAAAUCCUCAGGUCCUCGAAUUCAUUACGGAACGAUCGGUUCAUCUAACAGAGUCGUAGAGGACACUAAGGAACGAGACGAGCUACGAGAUAUGGGAAUCCUUUGUGUAGAAAUGGAGGCGGCAGGUCUGAUGGAAGCGUUUCCUUGCCUAGUCAUCCGUGGCAUCAGCGAUUAUGCAGACUCUCACAAGAACAAGAAAUGGCAGCCAUAUGCUGCUGCCAUGGCUGCUGCGUAUAUGAAAGAACUGUUGCUCCAAAUGCCGACGGAUGCAGUGCAGCGUACGCAGUCCAUUGCGGAUGCCCUUCAGGGUAUGUCUGUAAAAUUCGAUCAGAUGAGUCACGAUAUGAAAAGUAUCAAGGGACAAAAUCAAAGUGCAGAAGAAGCCAAGAUUCUAGAGUGGCUCUCGUCAAAAGAUACCAACUUCUCCACAUUGCAAAAUGAAUCUCAACGAACUCAUACUGCUGGCACUGGUCAGUGGCUGCUUGACGCUGAACAGUAUCAAGAUUGGCGUGACCGUGAACCCGGGUUGAUGUGGCUCUGUGGCGCUGCGGGUUGUGGCAAGACGAUAUUAUGCUCCACUGUCAUAUGCGAUCUUCAAGCACAUGCCACGAAUCUAGCUUAUUGGUAUUUUCGAUUCAACAGCGCCACUUCGCAGGAUAUUUCCAAGAUGCUACGGUCGAUCACGCGACAGCUUAGCUACCCUUCUCUGCCCUCAGGAGUUCGAGCGCUUUACGAUCGGCACAGCCAACGUGGGAGUGAGCCAUCAUUAGCCGAGCUUACCACCAUUCUCGACAACACGAUUGCAACGUUCAAGGAUGAUGUUUAUAUCGUAUUCGAUGCCCUAGAUGAAUGUCCUCAUAAUGACAAAAACGGACAAAGAGACCAUCUACUACGCUGCAUCAAAGACCUUUUAGAAACCAAUCCGAACUUACAUCUGCUUGUCACGAGCCGGCCAGAGUCAGAUAUCAGGAAAGCUCUUGUUCGACUUGCUAGCUGCCUUUUAGACAUUGAAGAACUGGUCAAGAACGAUGUCGAAAGAUAUGUGAAGCACUCACUCGACGGACCUCGCUUAGCAAGUUGGGCUGAAGACGUCAAAGAUAAGAUUAGACAAAAACUUCUAGAAUACGAAGAAAGGCGUUUUCGAUGGGCAGAUUUGCAGCUCAAGCGUUUUGCUCAAUGUGCUACACUUAAGAAGCUAGAAGCAGCUAUGGCCAGUAUCCCCAAAGAUCUGGAAACCUCAUACAGUCAAGCUUUCGAGGCGAUCGAUCAGAACGAUAUAAGGGAUGUGGCAACAAUAAUGAAAUGGCUUACUGUGUCAAUAGAACCACUUGAUACUAAUCAGAUUGCAGCGGUCGUUGGUUUUCGAAGUUCCGAUUAUGUGCUCGAUAUUUGCUCCACCCUUCUUGUAACAGUGAUCGAUGAAGACACGACGCAAAUCAUCAAAUUGGCACACUUCUCGGUGAAAGAGUUUUUGAUUGUCAAGCUUCACGAGAACAGCACGCAUUGGUUUCACUUCUCCUCCGAGCUUGCAAACAACGCGGUUGCAGUGGCAGCUCUCCAAGCCUUGCUCAACACCAAAGAUGAAUCUCAACCAAUUGUCCGCUAUGCUGCGAGGAAUUGGCCGCAGCAUGCUACGUUGGGAUUGAAGACGAGUGACCAUAUCGAACUCGAAAGCCAGAUCAGUUUGUUGUUCAGCGUUGAUUACACGGACCGACUUUGUAGUUGGCUGGAAAUACACGAUCCCGAUGGCGAUCUUAAGAAAUACUUUCCAGGAAAGGCGCAAGGGUUGUACUACGCGUCGUUACUUGGUUUUAACGUGGCUGCCAAGAUGCUACUCGAAGCCAAGGCUGAUGUCACUGCUCAGGGCGGCUAUUACGGCAACGCAUUACAGGUUGCUUCAUAUAGAGGACACAAAGAGGUUGUGCAGAUACUGCUCGAAGCCAAGGCUAAUGUCAAUGCUCAGGGCGGCAAAUAUGGCAACGCAUUACAGGCUGCUUCAUUAGAAGGGCACAAAGAGGUUGUGCAGAUACUGCUCGAAGCCAAGGCUGAUGUCAAUGCUCAGGGCGGCCAUCACGGCAACGCAUUACAGGCUGCUUCAUUAGAAGGGCAUAAAGAGGUUGUACAAAUACUGCUCGAAGCCAAGGCUAAUGUCAAUGCUCAGGGCGGCGAUUACGGCAACGCAUUGCAGGCUGCUUUAUAUAGAGGACACAAAGAGGUUGUGCAGAUACUACUCGAAGCCAAGGCUAAUGUCAAUGCUCAGGGCGGCAAAUAUGGCAACGCAUUACAGGCUGCUUCAUUAGAAGGGCACAAAGAGGUUGUGCAGAUACUGCUCGAAGCCAAGGCUAAUGUCAAUGCUCAGGGCGGCAAAUAUGGCAACGCAUUACAGGCUGCUUUAUAUAGAGGACACAAAGAGGUUGUGCAGAUACUGCUCGAAGCCAAGGCUAAUGUCAAUGCUCAGGGCGGCAAAUAUGGCAACGCAUUACAGGCUGCUUCAUUAGAAGGGCACAAAGAGGUUGUACAAAUACUGCUCGAAGCCAAGGCUAAUGUCAAUGCUUAG